AUGGCUGAUAUAAUGGUACCACUUCCUAGUUCAAUCAACGAUAUAGGUUUGACUCCACAACACACUCCAAAUGGACAACCCUUUACUAUAAAGUACAAAAACGAAGAGUAUAGAGGAAUUAGUUCCGACGCAGCUGUGACGAUUCCGGGUACUGGGAUAACUGGCAUCAAUUUACCAGUACUAUCAGCUGAAAAACAAUCGCCAGAUCUAGUUGGCAUCCAUCCAAAGUUUGAUGGAGUAUUUGGGUUUUCCUAUUCCUCGUUGUCAAAACAUCAUCCACCAGCCACUGCGAUAGAUGCUUUGUACAAAGAUGGUGUCAUUCCCAAUAACGAGAUUGGCAUUCAACUAUGUCCGUAUGAAAUGCUGCAAGAAAGUUUCAUCAAUAUAGGAAACACAGACGUAGCUGCAAAAUGCGGAACGAAUGGAAAAAGUGUUGCAUGGGUACAAUCACCAUCAGACGGUUACUUUAGUGUCAACAUCAAGAGUAUACUAGUCAAUGGCAAACAAGUGGAUCUGCCCGAGGAAUUCCAGCAAGUUGUGGAAAAUGGACGUACUCUGUAUUCAUAUCUACAUACAUGCUUUACAUAUAUACGUUUUCCUAAAACAGUCGUGGAUGUGCUGAUCAAUGCUAUUCUUGAUAAUAAUGCGAUCACUACCAAAAGUAUAUUAUUUAGAAACAAACUUGGCAAAAUAAUGAUUAAAAGCAGCUUAAAAAACAACUAUCUAAUGUUCCAAUCCGAUUAUAAUAUUGAUUUGGACAAGCUGCCGACGCUUUCAAUUGUAAUGUUUGCUCAAACCCCCGUAACUGAUGACAAUAGCAACUCCGUUGUAACGAUCAAACUGGGUCCUAGAGAUUAUAUGCAGAGAUAUGAUUCUAAAAAUUUUGUGUUUACUGUAGAAGCUGGUCCAAAUGAUAAUGCAGUUCUUGGUGCAUCAUUUAUGACCCGACUUGCAAUAACAUUUGAUUUACUAAAUAUACGCAUUGGGUUUGGUCCUGGAUGUGGAUGCGAAAUCGCGACUGACGGAUAUCCUAUUAUUUCAAACGGUUAUCAAGUGCUCUGGUCACCAUCACAAUUGAUACUGAUUAUGAAUUUGAUGCAUAGUGUUAGACUGCCUGAACAACCAAGUACUUCAGGUUCAAGUGGCACAUUUAUUCGCAGAAGGAAACCAACAACUACAACUGAUCAAGUAGCUGUACCUGAAUACACUCACCACACUGUCAAGAGUCACAAACAGACUCUCAAUAAACUCGAUUGA